AUUUGAGUGCACACCCGGAAGUGAGUGCAAGCUGACCGGCUCACCCCCAGGGGCCAUGGCGGCGGCUGAGACGGCGGCCGAGGGGGUCCUGGGUCGCGGCCCUCCCGGGGAAGUGAUUCAUCUGAACGUAGGAGGCAAGAGAUUCAGUACCUCCCGCCAAACGCUCACCUGGAUCCCAGACUCCUUCUUUUCCAGUCUUCUGAGCGGACGCAUCUCGACUCUGAAAGAUGAGACUGGGGCUAUCUUCAUCGACAGGGACCCCACCGUCUUUGCCCCCAUCCUCAACUUCCUACGCACCAAAGAAUUGGACCCCAGGGGUGUCCACGGUUCCAGUCUCCUUCAUGAAGCCCAGUUCUAUGGGCUCACUCCACUAGUUCGUCGUCUACAGCUGAGGGAGGAGUUGGAUCGAUCUUCCUGUGGAAAUGUCCUCUUCAAUGGUUAUCUACCUCCACCAGUGUUCCCAGUGAAGCGCCGAAACCGACAUAGCCUGGUGGGGCCCCAGCAGGGUGGAGUACGCCCAGCCCCUGUACGUCGAAGCAACACGAUGCCCCCCAAUCUGGGAAAUGCAGGGCUGCUGGGUCGAAUGCUGGAUGAGCGAGGCCCUUCUCCACCAUCAGGACAACCAGAGGAACCUGGGAUGGUGCGAUUGGUGUGCGGUCACCACAACUGGAUUGCUGUGGCCUAUGCCCAGUUUCUUGUCUGCUAUAGGCUGAAGGAAGCCUCUGGCUGGCAGCUGGUAUUUUCUAGCCCCCGCCUAGACUGGCCUAUCGAGCGCUUGGCACUAACGGCCCGCGUACCUGGUGGAGCACUGGGGGAGCAUGACAAGAUGGUGGCCGUGGCCACAGGCAACGAGAUCCUGCUGUGGGCUCUGCAGGCAGAAGGCGGAGGCUCUGAGAUAGGAGUCUUCCAUCUGGGUGUGCCUGUGGAGGCCUUGUUCUUCGUGGGGAACCAACUCAUCGCCACAAGCCACACGGGGCGCAUUGGGGUGUGGAAUGCUGUCACCAAGCACUGGCAGGUCCAAGAGGUGCAGCCAAUUACCAGCUACGAUGCAGCUGGCUCUUUCCUCCUCCUGGGCUGCAGCAAUGGCUCCAUCUACUAUGUGGAUGUACAGAAGUUUCCGCUACGCAUGAAGGACAAUGACCUCCUUGUCAGCGAACUCUACCGGGACCCUGCGGAGGAUGGGGUCACCGCCCUCAGUGUCUACCUCACCCCCAAGACCAGUGACAGUGGGAACUGGAUUGAGAUCGCCUAUGGCACCAGUUCGGGGGGUGUACGAGUCAUUGUGCAGCACCCCGAGACCGUGGGCUCGGGGCCCCAGCUCUUCCAGACCUUCACUGUGCAUCGCAGCCCUGUCAUCAAGAUCAUGCUGUCUGAGAAGCACCUCAUUUCAGUCUGUGCUGACAACAACCACGUGCGGACGUGGUCUGUGACCCGCUUCCGUGGCAUGAUCUCCACACAGCCGGGCUCCACGCCCCUGGCAUCCUUCAAGAUCCUAGCUCUGGAGUCAGCUGAUGGGCAUGGAGGCUGCAGUGCUGGCAAUGACAUUGGCCCCUAUGGUGAGCGAGAUGACCAGCAGGUGUUCAUUCAGAAGGUGGUGCCCAGUGCCAGCCAGCUCUUCGUGCGUCUUUCAGCCACUGGGCAGCGGGUGUGCUCCGUGCGCUCCGUGGACGGCUCCGCCACUACCGCCUUCACCGUGCUGGAGUGCGAGGGAUCCCGGCGACUGGGCUCCAGACCCCGGCGUUACCUGCUCACUGGGCAGGCCAAUGGCAGCCUGGCCAUGUGGGAUCUGACCACAGCCAUGGAUGGCCUUGGCCAGGCACCUGCAGGUGGUCUGACGGAGGAAGAGUUAAUGGGACAGUUGGAGCAGUGUGAGCUGGCCCCACUGGCUUCCUCCCGGUCCUCCCUCCCCAGCCCCUCACCCCGGACCUCACUUACCAGUCUCCACUCAGCCUCCAGCAACACCUCACUGUGUGGUCGCCAUGGGAGCCCCAGCCCCCCACAAGCAGAGAUCCGGCGCCGAGGGGGAGGCAGCUUUGUGGAAAGAUGCCAGGAACUGGUACGGAGCGCGCCAGAGCCCCGGCGGCCACCCACACCAGCCCCUCGGCCCUCGGCGGGUCUUGGGACACCCCUUGCAUCUCCCAAGAAGAAACUCAACGAAACUUCCUUUUAAACCCAGCUUGCCAAGGUGCCUUUGGAUACUCUGCUCCCAGGGGACUCAGGUGCCCUUCUCCCCUUUCCCCCUCCCUGCCUGCUUCCCGUGGGAGCCCUGGGUUCAGGGCCAGGGCCUCCUCCAAGCAAUCAUUUGUUACUAGGUCUCCAUUUCCCCUCCUCCCCCCACCACUACUUUUUUAGGAAGCCAAAGUAACUCUCCUCAAUAACAUUUUCACUGCCAACACCCUGUUUUGUAUUCUUAGAUUGUUUGGGGAGGGGGUGGCCCCUAGGGAGAUGUGGGUCCUAACCGGGUUCCUGGUGGUAAAUUUAUGAGUAUUUGCCUCUCCUGGUUUAAGAAAUGGCUUACCAUCUGACUUCAGGCAUGGCUGGAUCCAGGGGUUCAAAACCCUCAUCCCCAAGGGCUUUCUCUUAUCUCUUGGAUUUGCUUUCCUCUAGGAUGCAUCAUAGUCAAUCAGUGGCGAGACGAUCUUAGGGAGCUCUUUAACAUUCUUUUGCUUUCUAGCAGCAGAAAUCAUAGGGUUGAUCAUCAUUGGCUUGAGUUGGUUCAGAUGAGCAUUUCUGAACCCUUUAGUAUGGUCACUGUGAUGGAUGGCUAUAGGUCUUGUCUCCCAAGUAGCUGGAAUUAUGGACAUGGACUGCUACACCCAGAUGGCAUGGAGAUUCCUGACUCUCAAAAUCUAGAGUAAACAGUUGACCUAAAAGGCAAUGGAUUCUAAAACCUGUGUGUUUCAGAUUUCCUCAAACUCCAAAGCAAAUUUUGUUUUGCUUGGUGCUGGG